AUGGCCAAACUCUACCCCAAGCCCAAAGAGAUGGCUGAACUCAUAUCUUCUCAAUCCUGGAUCGAUGAAGCCUUGAGUACCCAAAAUGAAACGAAGGACAAAGACAGCCGGCAAGCCACCUAUGAGAUUCUUUCUGGCAUUAAUGAUGAGAAUGAGAGUGUUGAGGAUGAAGAAGAAGAAGAUAAUGGGAAGCCCAAGAGAAGGGGGCCAAAAAAGAAGAAGAUGACCAAAGCAAGGCUGGAGCGAUUCAGGGCCCGCCGAGUGAAAGCUAAUGCCCGGGAACGAACACGGAUGCAUGGACUUAAUGAUGCUCUGGAUAACCUGAGGCGGGUCAUGCCCUGCUAUUCUAAAACCCAGAAGCUGUCCAAAAUUGAGACACUGAGGCUAGCCAGGAACUACAUUUGGGCUUUGUCAGAGGUUCUGGAAAGUGGGCAGACUCCAGAAGGGAAAGGUUUUGUGGAGAUGCUGUGUAAAGGUCUGUCCCAACCAACCAGCAAUCUGGUUGCUGGUUGUCUCCAGCUAGGACCACAAUCCCUGUUCCUGGAGAAGCAUGAGGAGAAAGUCCCUGUUUCUGACUCAGCUGUGUCCAGUCAUGGUUUUCUUCCAGGAUUGCCCAGUCCACCGUAUGGAAGCAUGGAGACACACCUUGUACAUUUAAAGCCUCCCUCUUUCAAAACCCUGGUAGAGACUUCCUUUGGCAAUCACCACCCAGACUGUACAUCUCCAGCAUAUGAAGGUCCCUUGACACCUCCUCUGAGCAUCAGUGGGAAUUUUUCCCUAAAGCAAGAUGGAUCUCCAGAUCUAGAAAAAUCAUACAGCUUUAUGGCCCACUAUCCGUCUGUUAGCCUGGGCAGUGCUCAUGGGCACACCUCCCAUUUCUCAACCACAGUGCCCAAGUAUGACCUACCAUUAGAUGUGACCUAUGAUUCUUAUUCCCACCAUGUGGUUGGAGCACAGCUCAGUGCAAUAUUUGGUGAAUAA